GGUGGGAGGCUCGAGGCGCAGUUGUGGGUGUGUGGCCUGGGCCUUGGUGCCCUGGCACCAUUCCUACUGGGGACACACACACACUUUAAAACAGCUUCUUGAUGCACAGCUGCAACUGUCUUAAAUUCCACAUCACCUGAGCCAUGUGCCUGUAUUUGCUGAAUUCUGUAAUGUUGGUGGUCCUUUACCUCCUCCCCAGCCCAGAACCCCUGUUGCAAUCUCCAGUUUACUUUUAAGACCAUUUCUUCAAGUUCCUCUGGUUGUUACGUGCUGUCUGGGCACAGUCUGCAGUUGAACCUUUGUGAUCUGUGUGGCUGAACUACUCAGUGCCUCAACAAGCUUAUCCAGUGAGGUCCCACUGUGUUUUGAAAAACUAUCGGUGACUGCAGACAUUGCAGAAAUCAUGACAUUGACAGCAGGUUUAAAGACUGAUUUUGAGAGGCUGCUGUUGCGUUUUCAGCAGACUGAAAGCGUGCGCUACGAGGAGUUCUCCGCUAUCUGGAGGGACAUGAAGUUCUCCACCAUCUUUUAUGGAAAAAUGGGAAAAACUGAUGGCAGAAAGUUCACGAGGGGAGUGUUAGCCCUGGCAAGUCAGUAUUUUUUCCCACCUUAUAGCUUUCAGAUCCGGUUUGGAGGCUUGUACCUUCUUUACGGACUAUACAAUACACAGCUUUGUCAGCCGAAGGAAAAGAUAAGGGUGGCAUUGAAGGACUGGGAUGAAGUGUUGAGUUGCCAAGAGGAAAUGGUGAAUGCAGAGCAUUUUGAUGCUGUGUAUGUUCUGAAAAAGCUCCUAAAUGACAAAGCCUUCCAUUUCACAGCGAUGCCGAAGUUGCUCGCUUACAAUAAGAGGAGGAGAAAAAUGCCCAAUGUUACUGUUAACGAGAACUUCCGAGAGAAGUCUAACCUGGUGUCUGAGCUCAUUACUGUUGAUGUUUUGGAGGAACUUAUGAAUAUCCAUGAGCACUAUCAAACAAUGAAACGUAUGAUCUCUGCAAACAAAACCCAGCUAGACAAGGCAUUAAGUUUAACUCGAGCAGACUUUGUGUCUGAAUUGAAGAACAUAACAGUGGAAUUUCAGCAGUGGCAAGAGAAUAAGAACACAAAGUUGACUGACCAGCCAGGAAUCUCGGGCUCUGAACGCGACGAAUCUAAAGAGCAAACGGGCUCCAGCCGUGCACAGACCCUAGCAAAGAUAAAGUCAAAAUCGUACAAUUCAGCAGUGAAGGCAUCUAAGUCCAGACGGCAUCGCCAAAUAAAAAUGGAGUCUUCAGAAUCUGGGUCUGAUUGGGGACGAGUGAAGAAACCCCCAAGAAGUAGGAACUCCUCAGUGAGAAAGCAAGACAAAGAAAAAGGUGCUACUGAACCUGACUCUCCACCAUCUAAGAGGAGACGACAACGGCAUUGAAAUGGAUGUGGAAUAACUUGAGCUAAUACAAAUGAUCGCUGCAGUUCCAGUGAUGUGGCCAAAAGUGAAGCCAACCUCUGUCAAAACCAAAUGGAUCAAAGGACCAAGGCUGUGAACAGUGGUUGUCAGAUUCAGUAAUGCACAUUAAAGUGCUACUGUUUCUUUUAUUUGAAAAUUGAUAAAUACCAUUUCUCUGUAUUUUCUGGUACAAUAUGCUAUUGUCGUUUGGCAACAAGUCUUGAAUUGUGUCCAAGAAGUGUAUUGUAAAAAGGUCCCAUAUUUGUUUGUAAGCCCUUUAUGCUAUACAUUUUUUCUGUUUCAUAUUAAAUAUAGUGAAGUAUGGUUUGGCUUACUUCUGAUUUCUGAUCACAUCAGAUUUUUAUUUGGAUAAUCUUUUGGGCAAGUGUUAUUUCUCUUCAUCUGUUUCUGUGGUAUUGUACUUAUCAAUGCAUUGAUACUAGCUGGUCAGUAUAAUAAGAAACUCUUAAUGUGGAUCUUUGUUUUUGGUAUGUUUCAAGCCAAGGUCUCCAAGCUGAUACUUGAAAACUAAAAUAUAAUUUGAGUUGACUCUACAUGGUCACUUUGUUGUGGUCUGGUAUCUUUGUCCAUGUUAUCCCACCCUGUGUGUACAGUGCUGGGCUCAACUAUAAUACCUUCUCUUACAGUUAUCCCUCAACACAUGCAUUUGGGCAAGCUCACUUUGACUUGCAUUUUUUAAAAAUUAUCUCUAUUAGCAGCUAAUAUUUUUAAAAAUGGCAUCCAUUCCUUCAGAGCUGUGGUCCCUUCAUACAAGUUUUCGUGUGGGAGUCAGUGUGUUAAAUAAGAUACGUGAUGCAAAACAAUGAUUUAGUCAAAAUUCAGAUUAAUAUUGCACAUAUUUACAUGUUGAAUCUAUUUACUGAGAUACAUAAUAAGCUAGUAACAUUGAGAUAAUGUAAAUGGCACACACUUUCCAAUACUGUUAUAACUCAAUGUUAUAUUUCAAUGUACUUUAUUAUUUAAAAAUUGUGGUUGACACCAUGGCAGAGAGCAGCUAGUGCCAUGAUUGUAAUGUGUCUUUAAUAGUGAUAUGGACAAAUGGCUUGUAUAUCCUGCCAUGUUUCCACCAUCCCACAUAGCCGCUUGGGUUUCACUUCCAUGGUUGGUGGAGGCCUUCUAGCUUUUAGCUGAAGUAACCUUUUAUAAGUCAUGCUGAAAAGUAAGUGCUGGCAUAUUAAUUGUGCAAGGCCAUUGCCCAUCUUAACCUCACUUGACAUUCAUUACUUUCAAAUUGUAGUUGGUUGGGUUUUGAUUAGUGCUCCCCUCAUAUGUAGCCUUUGAACAUGGAAGUCAAUAUUAGCAAUCUGGCUGUAUAAUUGACUUGAUAGAGAAAUGGCAACUUGAGACUGAUUACAAGUCAUACUUAGAGCUUUCUGAGAUGUAUGCUGGUUAAUGCAAUUACCCACUAACCUCAUGAGGGAAAAUAUAAAUAUUUCACUUGAAAUGUUUGUUUCAGUAUACACAUGAUGCAACUGUGUUCAUUUUCCUUCUGCUUUGAAAAUUGAGUGGCUGUAAAUGAUACGGAAGGAUCACAAUGUGGUAAAACUUUUGAGACUGAAGCAAAAUUGAAUGACCAUCUUUUAACAAAAUUGGCAGAAUGCAUGAGUGGUUAUUUAAAAAAAAGCUAACAAUCUCCAGACAUUUGCUAAGUCUAAUUAUAUUUACAGGUUAGAGAUGCUGGGGUUAGAAAAAAUAGAACUCCCCUCCCUUUUGAACACAUCAGACACUUAACAGGUAAGCUAUCACCCAGUCAUACACAGUGCUGUGCUUCAACUUAUCUGAAUCAAUACAGUAUCUUCAACUGUGUUAGUGUGACAUUUUUCUUCUUCAAUCCAACCUCUUUGACUGAGAUUGACCAUUGGUGCAGAACUAAGGCCAUUAUUGUGCUGUGCAUUUAUUGUUAAUGGGACUACACUAGAUUUUUGCUACUACCAGAAAGCAGAGCUGUUCAUCCCAUCAGUUUGCUUUGGAUUCAAACCCAUAUUCUAGCUCGCUCCAGUCUCUUAUUAUACAAUCUAUCAAAUAUUACCAUGCACAAUCUUGACUGCCCUCCUAAGUUUGAAUCUCUGAAAAUGCUUACAUUGGCAAUUUAAUUUUGUGAAAAUGUGACAAGCUAAUUGAUUUUUUUUUUAACAAAGUUGAUGUUUUUGUAAAUUGUAACCUAAAUUAUCUCUAAGCAGUUUUGUAGUUGAAUGAGUAUAUUGUAGAGCAUGGGUUUUUAGUUUUUUAACUAUUUUCCUCUGCCUCUUUCAGCAGCAUUUAAUAAAGUAAUCUUCCUUAA